ACACUUUAUAUACAUAUAUAUAUAUAAAUAAACACUUUGCAACUUUAUGCCACACGCUCGCAAAUACCAACGUGGUGUUUUCGCUUAACUUGACCUCGAGCUGCAAUUGUUCGCGUCGCAACAAAAGUGGACGACAAAUGGCUGGCUCGGCGCUGCGUCGCCUGAUGGCGGAGUACAAACAGUUAACAAUGGAUCCGCCAGAGGGCAUUGCCGCUGGACCCAUCAGUGAGGACAAUUUCUUUGAAUGGGAGGCGCUGAUUGCCGGACCCGAGGGCACCUGCUUUGAGGGCGGCGUUUUUCCAGCCCGUCUAGUUUUUCCACCCGACUACCCAUUAAGUCCACCAAAAAUGAAAUUCACUUGUGAUAUGUUUCAUCCAAACAUUUUUGCCGAUGGCCGCGUUUGCAUAUCAAUACUACACGCACCCGGCGACGAUCCCAUGGGCUAUGAAUUGUCAGCCGAACGUUGGAGUCCCGUGCAGAGUGUCGAAAAGAUUCUAUUGAGUGUGGUUAGCAUGUUGGCGGAGCCCAAUGAUGAGAGCGGCGCCAAUGUGGAUGCAGCGAUUAUGUGGCGGGAGAGGAGGGACGAAUUCAAUCGCAUCGCACAGCGAUUGGUGCGCAAAACACUCGGUUUGUCAGCCUAAAACAUCGACUGAAGCGACUGGACAGACCCCGGAAUCACAUUAGCAGAGCCGUCACUCGUGUAAGAGCAGCCCCCGCGAGCUCCACAAAAUCCUACUAUACUUUAUCACAAUCUUCAAAGGAAUCGUAACAAAAACUGAUUGCAAAUCCACAAUUCCUCCCAUGUGUAUGUGUAUGUCUAUGUGUGUGCGUGCGUG